UUAUCAAACCUAUUCCUAUUGGUGAGGAAACAAAAAAACAGUGAGCUACAGAACCAGCAGUUAAUAACAUUGUUCGGCUUCUCGAAGAUGGCAAUGAAGACCCUUUCUGGAAGCUACUCUUCCGACCUGUCGUCUCUUUUUAGAAGAGCUUUCUGCAUCACUAGGGCUAGACUUGCUUCUCCUGGGGAGGUCUUCUCUUGCUGCGGAAUCAGUUCUUCUGCUGAUUCUCCUGUGAAUGAUUCGUUCAACUCAAGAGUAGAACCUCCAACACUGUUAGCGGCUGAAAGAAAAGAAGCCAUGUCUGUGUUAACCGUGUUCUUGAUGCAACAAGGUCUGAGCAAGGCAGUUGCUGCAAGAACCAUCAAUAAAUCAGAUCAUUUUAUCAAACACCUUGUCUCAAGGCUUCAUUCUACUCAUAAAGGAAAAGAGUUCACAACUCCUGAGAUUAGGGACACCCUUAAUCCUUAUCUUCAGUCACUCCUUGCAGAGCAUGGAAACUUUAUGGUUGAUUUUGUGAAGAACUUUCCCGCUGCACCUGAAAAAAGCCAUCUUUACCAGUUUGUUGAUCCCAUUCCAGACUUGACUCCAAGAAGCCAGAAGCAGUCUCUCAUGUAAGCGCCUCAAGUCUAGCAGCAGAUAUAUGCCCUCAACUUCGCUACCUCUUAGAGCUUAGCAUGAAUCUUGAGCAGACCAAGUUAGUUACAUGCAAAUGUCCUCAUUUUUGCUCCUACGGCUUAGAGGGGAAAAUUAUACCAUUAAUUGUGUUUCUUCUUGUUAUUGGGGCAGCUAAAUCAUGUAUUCCUUCUAUUCUCAGUUGAAGUCCUCUUUGUGUGGACAGUUUAUCGAAACAAAUAAAAAUACCCAGCAUGAUAUACUUUGAAAAUUUGGGUGUGGACAAGAAACAGUGGGUUAAAAUUAUAUGCCACAGCCCUGGUUUCUCUGUUAUAACAGGCGAAAAGUUCAGGCAUUCAUAAAUUUCCUACAUGAGUUGGGCUUAUCAGGUGAUAGCAUAGGUCUUGUCGUAACUCAGUGCCCUGAAAUUGGAGUUUGCAGUGUUGAAGACAAUCUAAGGCCUAAAGCCGAGUACUUCAAAUGGUUAGGGGUUAAUGUUGCCAUCGUUCUCCAGAGAUCUCCAACAAUUCUUUCUGGUAGUAUUGGGGGCCAUCUCAAGCCGGUGACCAAGUUUUUCUUGGAAAGGGGAUUCAGUGUUGAAGAAGUUGGGACCGUGAUCUCGAGAUAUACAGCUCUAUAUUCAUCGAUUCUGACACAGAACUUGAUUCCAAAAUGGGAGUUCUUUUUUGACAGUGGGAUAUUCAAGAUCUGAGCUGGUUAAGUUCCCUCAGUAUUUUAGUUACAAGUUGGAACAGAGAAUAAAAACCACGUUUUGCACGUAAAAAGGAGUUAGGAAUGAAAAUGGGGCUGAGCCGCAUGUUGGCACUAUCCCCUUGUAACUUUGAGAAAGCUUUGAUAAGGAACAGGAAGAACAUGCUUGCUGACAAGUGUUCAAGUCAUACAGAGAACAAGUAAUGUAUCAUCAGUCAGGUACUGGAUUUUAUGACUUCUGAGUGGAGUGCCCAUUUAAAUGGAUUA